AUGACUAUUCUCUAUAUCAUCCUCACCUGCAUAUCACUCUCAGCCCUCUUUCUCCUGCUAACCUUCUCUUUUCUCAUACUUAGAAUCUUCACAGGCAAGUCUAUCAGGAGCUCAAACUACCCACCUGUAAAGGGCACUGUAUUCGACAGUCUCUUCUACUUCAACAAACUCUAUGACUACCAUACCAAAGUUGCCAGAGACCACCCAACUUUCCGGCUACUUUCCCCAACACAAAGCGAAAUAUACACGGCCGACACUCGAAACAUCGAGCAUGUUUUGAAAACCAACUUUACUAAGUAUUCGAAAGGUCAAUAUCACCAUGACAUUAUGUCUGAUAUUCUGGGGCAAGGGAUAUUUGUUGUUGAUGGAGAAAAGUGGAGGCAGCAGAGGAAGCUUGCGAGUUUAGAGUUUUCGACGAGAAUUAUUAGAGACUUUAGCUGCUCUGUGUUUAGAAGAAAUGCUGCCAAACUGGUCAGGGCUCUUUCAGAGUUUUCUAGAGAAAAUGGGGUUUUUGAUAUGCAAGAAUUGUUUAUGAGAUCUGCUUUAGAUUCCAUAUUCAAAGUUGGGUUUGGAACAGAACUAAACUGCUUGGAGGGCUCAAGCAAAGAAGGCAUUGCAUUUAUGAAAGCAUUUGAUGAAUCAAGUGCUCUCACCUAUUGGCGCUAUGCUGAUCCAUUCUGGGAAUUGAAAAGAUAUCUUUGUAUCGGAUCGGAAGCCACGCUUAAACAGAAUGCCAGAGUACUUGAUGACUUUGUUUACCAACUUAUCAGGAGCAAAAGGAAAUUGAUAGCUGGUGAAAACUAUGUUAAUGAAAAGGACGAUUUACUAUCGAGGUUCUUAAUGGAGAGCGCAAAGGAGCCAGAGGAAAUGACUGAUAAGUAUCUAAGGGAUAUAGCUCUGAGUUUUAUGAAUGCUGGCAAGGAUUCAAGUGGAAUUACACUCUCAUGGUUCUUCUACAUGCUUUGCAAGAACCCUCUGAUCCAGGAAAAAGUUGCAGAAGAAGUGAGGGAUGCUGUUGGUCUGAAUCAUGAAGCCGAUAUCGAUGAGUUUGUGGAAAAUUUAAGUGAUACAAGCCUUGAAAAAAUGCACUAUCUUCAUGCGGCACUGACAGAGACCUUGAGGCUAUACCCUGCAGUUCCUGUGGAUGGGAGGACUGCAGACACAGAUGACACUCUUCCUGAUGGAUAUAGAGUCAAAAAAGGGGAUGGAGUAUUCUACAUGGCCUAUGCCAUGGGAAGAAUGCCUUACAUAUGGGGAGAAGAUGCUGAGGAUUUUCGACCCGAAAGAUGGCUCAAAAAUGGAAUUUUCCAACCUGAAUCCCCUUUCAAAUUCGUCUCAUUUCAUGCUGGUCCUCGGAUUUGUAUAGGGAAAGAGUUUGCUUACAGGCAGAUGAAGAUUGUAUCAAUGGCACUUCUGUGCUACUUUCGCUUCAAAUUGGUGGAUGAAACAAGAAUCGCAACCUACAAGACCACAUUCACCCUGCACAUGAAUGGAGGUCUUCCUAUGCGCGCAAUUCUGAGAACAACAUAGAGUUCCUUGCAUGUCAAUUAAGUAAAGUAAUGUUCUCUUGUAUGGACUAGCUAGACUACUGGAGCUAGUGUGAACCGUAGCCUAGGGUUUUAGUAUCCCUUAGUUAAGGUCUUACAGUAUAUGAUUUCAGUUUUGGGUGUGACCCUUAAUUUUCUCUGUAUUAUUAUUUACCAGAUAGUAGUAUAAAAUAAUUAAACCCAGAUUGGUUAACUAAU